AUGAUGGCAUUUAAUCCGGCAGCUGCAUUCAACGCCCAGCUGUUAGCUGCCUCACAACCGUCAACACCAGUGAAAGCUGAAUCAUCGAAUUCAAUCGGCGCUCCACCUACCUCACAUUCUGAUCUCACAAAUGACGCAAUCCGCUUCCUGAAUGCUAGCGGUCCUCUGUUAACGCCUGGUAUUCCGGGUUUUCCGCAUCCGAUGAAUGCUGAAGUUGCGGCAUUUCGUGCUGCAGUUGCGCAAGGUGCAAUACCAUUUCCUGCUGCCGCAGCUGCUGCAGCUAUGUACUCGGGUAUGCAUCCGGCGGAGUUAAAGCCAGAAAUGAUGGGUACAACGGCAAGCGGUGUACCAGGAUUCUUCUUCGACGCAUCGCUUGGUUAUCAUCCAUAUGCUGGAGGUUUAGAUGGUGCUCGACGAAAGAAUGCAACACGUGAAACAACAGCACCACUCAAGUCAUGGCUUAAUGAACACCGAAAGAAUCCUUAUCCGACAAAAGCCGAGAAAAUUAUGCUUGCUCUAUUAACAAAAAUGACUCUCACUCAGGUAUCAACCUGGUUUGCAAAUGCUAGACGGCGUCUGAAAAAAGAGAACAAAAUGACGUGGUCUCCAAGAAAUCGACCGGGUGAGGAUGACGACGAUGAUUUAGCAGAUAUUGAUACUUCAGAACGUGAUCCUUGUGAUCGUCCGUCAAGCAGUACAUCGAAUAUUAGUGAUCUAGGUGAAUCACUGAAACAUGAGAGAGUGUCGUCAAAUGAUAUCAAUGGCACUGAUAAACUGGCGAUAACACCGACAGCAUCGGGACUUGCUUCUGCAACAAUAACGGCCACAACAACAACAAGCUCCACUUGCACAAACUCUGAGUCAUCACCGAAAAAAACGAAAAUUUGGUCGAUCGCCGAAACACUCUCGAGUCGCUCUUCAGAAUCAGACAAAACCAAUGCGAACACUGCAUGUACCUCAGUACAACAGAAGUGUGAAAUGAAUAACGAUGAUUAUUCUCAUAUCCAAUUAUCCACUACAACUGCCAUUCCUUUUCCGUCAUCAUCAUCGUCAUUAUGCUCAUCGGCGAAUUGUCCUCCUGGUGUUGUUGUUGAUGGAGCUGCGCCAUUGUCUGCUCACCCGCCACCACCGUUUUUGCAGUUCAAUCCUUGGCAACAACAGAUGGCUGCGAUUGCGAUGUCUCGUAUGCCUUCGUUCCCUAGGCCUGACCUGUUAACUGUUAUGGCUCAGUCAAGACCCCCGCCUCCUGCAGCUAUGCUGUUCAGUCCUCUUUUAAUGGGUUCACCGCUCGGUAUUAUGCCACAACCACCACAGUCCACAUCAUCAUCGUCUUCGUCAGUUCAAACGAUAACACCAGUAUCCACAUCUUCGCAACAAUCAAAUGGUUCGUCAUUUAUAAGCAUCUUUUUUACUUAUGUCUUAUUUUCACUUCAUAAAAGCGUUUUACCUAGUGCAGGUUUCUAUGAGGCUUGCUAUUAA